AUGGAAGCGAACGACCGAACCGCGCUGCUCGCGCUUCAUGAUGCGGACGACGAAUCAGAACGUGGGGUUGAAUCAAGAGCAUCGCCGUCAUCGCCUGAUGUUGGGGAUUCUGAUCGACGCCGAUGGACACGUUGUAGUCUGAAAGAUAGGGGUUCAUAUCUGCAGGAUCGCUGCGUUGCAGUCUCCGCUGUCCUCAUCUUAAUGCUGAUAUGUGGAGGGUUUAUAGUCGCCUUUGUCUACAAAAGUUCCGGUAGAGGUUUGGUAUGCACCACAGUGCAGAAUGGAUACCAAUGCCACCAAGAAUACUCUCAACAUUGGGGGCAAUACACCCCUUUUUUCUCUCUACGCACCACCUCGGAGAUCUCUCCAGAUAUUCCCGUUGGUUGCACAGUUACUUUCGUUCAAGUCCUUUCAAGGCAUGGGGCAAGGUAUCCAACCAAAAAAAAAUCUGCAACCUACUCGCAACUCAUUAAACGCAUCCAGGAUCACACAAAGACAUACAUCGGUGAAUUCGCAGUUUUGGAAACCUUCAAUUAUCAACUUCAAACAGAUGAUCUCACUCCAUUCGGAGAGUCCCAGUUGACCGACUCGGGAAUAAAAUUCUAUCGCCGUUACCAACAUCUAACGAAAAAAUCCAAGAUUUUCAUCCGUGCUUCUGGAUCACCACGGGUUAUUGUAUCUGCAGAGAAAUUCAUCGAAGGCUUCUACCAGGAGAAACUACGUGACCCAACUGCAACGGAUAGGGACGCCAAACCAUCCGUGGCCGUUAUACUAAGCGAGGACCCUGGCUCCAACAACACCCUCGAACACGGCAACUGUGACCUCUUCGAAGAAAUAAAGCCUUCCCACAUCGUCCAGAAGCAAUUUGCAAAAGUAUUCGCCUCUCCGAUCCUCAACCGCUUCAGCUCCCAUCUCAUCGGCUCCAAUCUCGACAUCGCUGAUAUUGUCCACCUAAUGGACCUCUGCUCCUUUCACACUGUGGCCUUCACACCAGACGCGAGAAGCAUCUCCCCCUUAUGUAACCUCUUCAGCAAUGAAGAGUGGACGCAGUACGAUUAUUACAACACCCUAGGGAAAUACUAUGGGUUCGGAGCCGGCAACCCACUCGGGGCCAGCCAAGGCGUCGGCUUUGUCAACGAGCUAAUCUCCCGCCUAACUAACAAGCCCGUCAGCGAUUCAACCUCCGUCAACCACACGCUGGACUCUGACCCGAAAACAUUCCCGCUUGGGCUGCCUCUGUACGCUGACUUCGGCCACGACAACACGAUGACGUCCAUCUUCACAGCCCUGGGCGUCUUUAAUGGCACACAGCCACUGUCCAACUCGACUGUGCAGGGUCCCAACGAGACGAAGGGGUUUUCAGCCGCCUGGAUAGUCCCAUUCGCUGCCAGGGCGUAUAUCGAGAAAAUGGAAUGUGAUUCGACGCCCGUGGCGAGGGAGCCGCUGGUCCGUGUGGUGAUUAAUGAUCGCGUUGUGCCGCUGCAUGGGUGCAAGGUUGAUUCGCUGGGGAGAUGUCGAUUGAAGGAUUUUGUGGAGGGGUUGAGUUAUGCGAGAGCAGGAGGAGAUUGGGAGAAGUGUUCUAUUUGA